AUGAAUAAAUAUAUAACAUAUAAAUGUAUAUUAAUAAUAUUAAUAUUAGUUGAAUAUUCAAAUUGUGGUGACAAACAAAAUGAUGAACCAUAUAACAAUAUUGAAGAUGAAGAUAAUUUUGAGGUAACUACUAGUACUGAUGGACUAACUGAACCAGCUCAACCUCCAAUACAUACACAAACACAGGAAGAACCAACUUCACAUCAGCCUCAGCAAUUUUAUCAACCACCACCACAGAAACCACCAAAUUAUCUACCACAACAACAACCACUUUAUCAACCUUAUCCAGGAUAUCAAAUACCUUAUCUACCUUAUGGACCUUAUCAACCACAACCUAGUCCUAUACAACCUCAACCAUACCCACAACCACAACAACCUCAUUAUCCUCCACCACAUCCUAUACCUGUAAUACAGUAUUAUCCUAUACCUCAGCCACAACAACCUUAUCAACCUCAUUAUCAACCUUAUCAACAAGGAUAUCAACCUUAUCAACCUACACAGCCUCCAGCUCAGCCACAAUACUAUCCACACCCAGGAUAUCAACCUUAUCAGCCUUAUAUACCACAACCUCCACAACCAGUACCAGGAUAUUAUCUACCUUAUCAACCUUAUCAACCUCAGCCUGUACUUUAUCCACCACAACCUCAGCCACCUGAAAUAAUAAUGACAACUAAAACAAUGAAAUUUAUGAAGAUGAAUGAGGAAGGUAUAUUAGUUGAGAUGGGUCCAGGUGAUUAUUAUAAAUCAUAUGAAAACAAAUAUUCAAUGAAAUUUGAGUUUUCCUCAAACCUUGAACAAUUACUUUUUGAUGGUGAAAUUAUUUAUAAUCAUAAACCUGAAAAUAAAUAUUGUACAUCAUUAAUAUAUUAUAAAUCAAAGAAUGUGUUCAUAAUGACACGUGAUAAAGGAUUUCUAAUUACAAAAUUUUAUAAAGGGAAAUGGGUGUCUAGCACACGGAGAAUACCAGAUUAUAUUGAAAUUCAUGGUAAAGAUUCUGAAGAUAGGGAUGUAUUGAUAACUGAUGAACAAUAUCGCGUUAGCCUUAGCACAAGUGGGUACAUUAAAUAUAUAUUUAACGAGAAUGUAAAAUGCACUAAAAUUAUAAUUCAUAAAAAGUUAUCAUGGAAAAAAGAAUCGAAUGAAGAAUAUCCGAUUGGAUUUAGUAUAACUUCAGGUAGAAACUUAACAGUAUAUUUCAAUGAUUAUCUCAAAGUUUUUGGAUCAGGAGGGCCAAAAACACAAUACAAACAAUUAUCCAGUCUAAAAAAAUAUGAUAAAUCGGAGGAUUAA